AUGCAGUCUCUCUGCCUGCUCCUGGCGCUGGCGGCCUCUGCCGCCCUCGCGUCGCAGGUGCAGGUGACCCCGGUGCAGAAGGUGGUCCAGCUGUUGGAGAACAUGAAAGAGAAGGGCACGAAGGAGAUGCAGGAGGAGGAAGUCCAAUACACGAAGUUCAAGCAGUUCUGUGACAUGACGCUGCGGGAGAAGGAGGCAGCCAUCGAUGAAGCGGCCGACAAGAUCGAGACCCUCGAGGCGGACAUCGAGAAGGCCGCAUCGGAGGCGGAGCGCCUGGGCAAGGAGAUGUCGGAGCAUCAGGCGGACAUCGAGGCCGCGACGGCGGAGAAGGAGAAGGCGACGGCCGUCCGUGAGAAGGGCCGAACGGACUUCCAACUGACCCUGAAGGAUUACAGCGAGUCUAUCGAUGCCAUCGCCCGUGCACUGAAGGCUUUGAAGGAGGAGGACAAGAAGACAGCCCUGCUGCAGCUGGCGGACGCCAAGCUCCUCCCGGACGAGGCACGGCAGAGUCUGCUAGACACACAGGGCCCAGCGCCGAAGACCUACGAAUUCCAGUCCGGGGGCGUGAUCAGCAUGCUCGAGGGCCUUCAGGACAAGUUUGUUGACGAGCGCAUCAGCCUGGAGAGGGAAGAGCAGAAGAAGCGCCAUGCCUACGAGAUGCUGGCCCAGAGCCUGGAUUCGCAGCUGGCGCAGUCCAAGAAGGAGCAGGAGGAGAAGGGACAGUUCAAGGCCAAACAGCUACAGAGCAAGGCCUCAUCCGAGGGCGACCUGGGUGAGACGAAGGUCGAGAAGCAGUCUGACGAGAAAUACUCCACCGACCUCGCGGCCACCUGCAGCAAGAAGGCCGCGGCCUUUGCGGCGCGCCAGAAGCUGCGACAAGAGGAGAUCGAGGCUAUCGAGAAAGCCAAAGGCAUCAUCGCCGGAGAGGCACAGCGGGCUUCGGCUUUGAACAGCCGCGUGCUCUCUGCCGUGGCCGGUCGGGCGGCCGCAGAUCCCAUCGCCAAGGUGCGAACGAUGAUCGAGCAGCUGAUCACGAAGAUGCAGACACAGCAAAACGAAGAGGCCAGCAAGAAUGGCUGGUGCAAUGCCGAGCUGGCAUCCAACAAGGCCACCCGCGAGGAGAAGACCGACGCAGUGGACGAGCUCUCUUCAGACGCAGACGAGCUUUCCACGGCCAUCGGCAAGCUCGGCGAGGAGGUUUCGACAUUGAGCAGGCAGGUUUCAGAGUUAGAUGCCGACAUGGCCAAAGCCACGCAGAUGCGGGAGGAGGAGAGUGCCAAGAAUGCUGCCACAGUAAAGGAUGCCAAGGAGGCACAGGCGGCCGUAGCCCAAGCACUGCUCGUACUCCGAGACUUCUACAAGAAAGCCGCCGGCGCCAGCUCCUUGGCGCAGAUGCGGGGCGAGGCGCGGGCCGAGCCGAAAGUCUUCGGCGACGAGCCUUACACGGGCAUGGGCGAGAGCGGCGGUGUGAUCUCCAUGCUGGAGGUGAUCCAAAGCGACUUCGCACAGCUGCAGGCAGAGACGGAGGCCGCCGAGGAGUCUGGGCUCAAGGAGUACCAGGAUUUCAUGGAAGACUCCAAGGUUGACAAAGCCACCAAAGUCCGAGCGUCGGAGCACAAGGCCAGCAAAAAGCAGGCCAAGGCCCAGGAGCUCACAGCAGUUCGGGCGGACCUUAAAGGCACGCAGAAGGAGCUGGACGCUGCGAAGGCCUAUUUCGAGAAGCUGAAGCCCGACUGCCUCGACACCGGCGCCUCCUACGCAGAGCGCCAGGCACAGCGGAAGCAGGAG